CCCCAUGCUCAGCGGUUCAUGACAAGAGUUCACGUGCUACAAGUUAUUUGUGUUUAUGUCAGCAUUGCAUGGCGUUUAGGGUUUUAGUAUUUGAACAGCUUUCUUCGUCGAGAUCAUCCAGCAAUAAUGGCAUCUUCACUCCCACCCACCUUCCGAAAGUACGUCGUUCAUACGCUUUCCACCGACUUCAACAAGGCAACAAGGCUGGAAACGUUGAAGACGGCGGACGUUUUGGCCUCGAUUCCACCCACUCACGUGGUCAUCAAGCAUCAUUACUGGGCGAUCAACGCCAGCGAUAUCAACUAUACGGCUGGGAGAUAUGAUCCCACUAAGAAGCCGCCCUUUGACACUGGAUUUGAGGCCGUUGGCGAGAUCGUUGCCGUCGGUAGCGCCGUCAAGGGUUACAAAGUUGGCCAACCGGUCGCCGUCGCCUCCUACGGUGCCUUCACAGAAAUCCAAGUGAUAGAUUACCGCAUGGUUAUCCCCGUUCCAUCCCUCCGCCCCGACUUCUUGCCACUCUUGGUUUCGGGACUCACAUCUUACCUUGCACUGAAGCACCAAGGUCAGAUGACGACGGGGGAAACCGUGCUUGUGACAGCCGCAGCUGGCGGAGCUGGCCAGAUUGCCGUCCAGCUGGCGAAGAGGGCGGGCAACCAUGUCAUUGGAACAUGUUCUUCUGACGCGAAAGCGGAGAUGCUGAAGAAGCUCGGGUGCGAUCGGGUCAUCAACUACAAAACGGAGAACGUGAAGCAGGUCAUCAGGAAACACUACCCGAGGGGCGUGGACAUCGUGUAUGAAUCCGUCGGUGGUCAGAUGCUGCAGGACUGUGUGUCUUGUUUAGGGCAGAAAGGAAGGCUCAUCGUCAUUGGAUCCAUCUCGAACUACGCCUCAUCGGAAUCGAAUCCAGAGGACACGAAGGGAGAUGGAAAGAAGAAGGUUUUUGCGACUGGGUUCGGCGAGGACGCUGUCUCUACUGUUGCCUUGUUGAACAAGAGCGCCACCGUGGCGGGAUUUUUCUUCCCGCAUUAUGCGAAGGAGUACCCUGCGGCUUUGAGGGAUCUGUUCAAGUUCGUGGAUGAGAAAACUUUGACGCCUGUCGUCGAUAUGGUUGACUUUGAGGGGAUAACAUCAAUUCCUGAUGCCAUCCACUAUCUUCACUCUGGUAAAAACAUGGGCAAGGUCGUCGUCCCGCUAAUCCGAUCAGACAAGCAAAAGUCACAUCUGUGAUCUCAAGUCGUCAUAGCCCUUAGCUAUAGGAAUGCUCCUAAAUCUUGCUAGAAAUCACUCGAACAUCUAGGACGUUGUCCUCUCGUUGUUUUCUUUUCUCGAUAGUGUAUUACAUGACAUUACAGAGGUUGACGCACGAACAUGAUUCCGACCGGCGAAACUAUGUAGGAUGGGUACUAAUAUAG